CGCGCUGAGCGACUCCACAGCGCUGGCAUUCAGUAGCGCUGAAUGAACGCUGUCGUGGUGGAGGUGGAGGCUUCUUCAGCUCUCUAAAUGACAGAGCGAACCGUAAACAAGCCCGCUCCCUCUUUCUCCUCAAAAACGAGCCACGACUGAUACUCUUCGGGGGAAAGUCGGCGGCGGAGGACAGAAACAAGAAAAUGGCCAAACGGCCAGGCAACGACGACGACGGAGGAACGUUAACGCUAAUCUCACCGACGGUUGGCCAAGAUAUCAUCGACGGAGUGGAGGACCACGCGGAGGCCUUGUCUCUGGAGGAAAUUUUAACUCUCUACAGUCAACCGAUUAACGAAGAACAAGCGUGGGCUGUUUGUUAUCAGUGCUGCCGGUUCUUAGCGCCUCGACGCCGGGCUAAAUCCGCCCAGAGUCCGGCCAGAAGGAUCGAGGGACCUGGCGAUGUGAGGAUCCGUAAAGAUGGCACUGUUCACCUACACCACCAGAGCAGCCCAGAUAAACACAAAAGACUGCCUACUUCAUCAACAGAGGUGAUUGAAUCUCUGGGCAUUAUGAUAUACAAGGCCCUGGACUAUGGCCUGAAGGAGAAUGAGGAGAGGGAGCUCAGUCCUCCUCUGGAGCAGCUCAUUGACCUUAUGACCAACAUGACAGACACAGAGUCGGAUCCCUGCCCUGAUGAAGGCUACGAAGCCACUGAGGAGGAAGAUGAGGGGGAGGAAGAUGAGGGCAAGGAAGAGCCAGAGGAGGUCUCCAGUAUACGUGGUUACCGUGACAUCAUAAUGCUGUGCACAUCCCACCUCCCGAGUCCAUUGGAUGCUCCGAACCACUACCAGGCCGUGUGCCGGGCUCUGUAUGCUGAGACCAGGGAGCUACGCACCUUCCUUGAGAAGAUCAAGAGUGCCAAAGAGAAUUUGAGGCGUAUGGAGGGAGAAACUCCUGAGGAGCCUGUCAGAGACCUGAAUGAACUGCAGAAUGCUGAUUGGGCACGGUUCUGGGUGCAGGUAAUGAGGGAUCUGAGGAACGGAGUGAAGCUGAAGAAGGUUCAGGAGCGUCAGUAUAACCCUCUGCCCAUCGAGUACCAGCUCACUCCGUACGAGAUGCUCAUGGAUGACAUCCGCUCCAAACGCUACAAAUUGCGUAAAGUCAUGGUGAAUGGUGACAUUCCUCCCAGGUUAAAGAAGAGUGCUCAUGAGGUCAUACUGGAAUUCAUACGUUCCAGACCUCCUCUCAAUCCUGUCUCAGCUCGCAAGCUAAAGCCCCACCCUCCGAGGCCCCCUAGCCUCCAUGAGCGCAUCCUGGAGGAGAUCAAAGCUGAGAGGAAGCUCAGGCCUGUCUCUCCUGAUAUGAUCCGUAGGAGCCGGCUUGGCGCAGGCAAAAGCAUGAGCACUCCUCAAGACUUGUUCCGAAGCUCAGACUUAUCCACCACUGAUGGACCCAGGAAGUUGGCGGUCAGCACGCUUACCCUGUCUAAUGGCACACCACCCGCUCACAGCCCUGUGAAUGGAGUUGCUGGGGCUCAGCCACUCUCCCAGAGAAAGAGACUGCUCAAGGCACCGACGCUGGCCGAGCUAGACAGCUCUGACUCUGACGAGGAGCCCAGCACCCGCCGGUCAGCCAGCAGCUCCAGUAUGUCCACCUCAAUGGUGGACGACACCUCUCCCGAGUCUGUCAUGGGCAAGAAGAGUCCUCCCCAGUUCCUCCCCAUAUCCUCCACCCCUCAGCCUGACCGGCGCACUGCUCCUCAGCGGAGGCACUCCAUAGAGAAGGAAGCCCCCACCAGCAUCCGGCCAUUUGUGCCUCCAUCUCGCCAGAGCUCCAGAUCUCUACUGCCAUCGGAAAAGAAGGAGGAAUUUUGCUACCCUGUGGAGUGUCUGGCUCUGACAGUGGAGGAGGUGAUGCACAUCAGGCAGGUUCUGGUCAAAGCUGAACUGGAGAAGUUCCAGCAGUACAAAGACAUCUACAACGCACUCAAGAAAGGAAAACUUUGUUUCUCCUGUCGGACAAAGAGAUUCUCCAUUUUUACCUGGUCCUACACCUGUCAGUUCUGCAAAAGGCCUGUUUGUUCACAAUGUUGUAAGAAGAUGAGGCUGCCCUCCAAACCUUAUGCCAACCUGCCCAUUUACUCUUUGGGUUCCACCACCCUGCCUAAGGAGGAGACUGGAGCCACAGCUCAGCCAGAGAAGGCCUCAGGCAGCCACCACCGCCACAGCCUGAAUCGCUCCAUCUCCAGAUUUUCUAAGCAUGGCGAGCGCUCAUCUUCCAAGGACGAAGUGGAGCUGCCGAAGGAGCUGACAGAAGACUGGAGCACUAUGGAGGUGUGCAUGGACUGCAGGAAGUUCAUCAACGACAUCAUCUCAUCCAGCAAGCGCAGCUUGUCCCUGGCCACCAAACGUGCCCGUCUGAAGCGCAAAACCCAGUCCUUCUACAUGUCCCCUUCCAACUCCAGGGAUUUCCGUCCCUCAGAGCGGACUAUUAAUGAAGUAUAAGGCACUCUUUUGCUGUGUUUCAGCACUGCACUCUACGGCAGCCACGUUAGCUGUCCCUCAAUAAAGUGGUGGGAACUCUAAUGAUCUGGUCAAGUCAUAUGAUUCAUCUCAUCUGUUUAGGUUGUUUUCGUCUUGGAGAAUGAUUCAGUGCUCUUUGUAAGAGUCCAAGACACUGACACUGUGUCAGGCAUGAUGGGUCUUGCAUAUGACAGCAUGGCCAGAUUAGAAGAUCUCUAAGUCACUGUAGAUUGUCUUUAAUACCCCUCCUUUCCUCUUCCAUUUAAGAAGUGCCAGAAGUGGCUGAAAGAAUGAGCCUAUCCUUCUUCCAGCAUGGGUCCUUAAUCAAACCAGCCCUGCUCCCCUGUCUCAGGAAAAGGUUGUCCAGUUUGGAGUUAAAGCUGUGGAAAUGUACUUUGUACCACAGACUUUAAAGCUCAUUUUUACCAGCUUUCUUCACAUUACAGAGGUGCAUGUUCUAACACUGAAUGAACUCAGAGGUGAUUUUAAGUUAACACUGGGAGAGAAAAGUUUUAAAAAAAGUUUCUGCUCAGAGCAUUCAGUUGUUUAUUGAAUGUACGUUUUCAUAAAGUAUGAACCAUACAACUGUAUGUAAAUAGUAAGCUGAAGGAUCAGCCCACACAUGUAAAAAAUAAAGAAAAAAACAAACCACUUCUUAUUGGCCCCACUCAGGGAGAAGUGAGUGAAGUAGUCAAUCUCUGAGAGACUGACAGGCGGAUUAGGUCUGGCCAGUCUGCCCUCCUUUGCCCAUUUACGAUUAACUCUGACCAAAUGCUUUUUUCCUCAUUUGGUGUUUGUUUAAACUGCUGCUUUGUUAGUCCUAUGGUCCAAAUUAGCGAACGUUUUUGAUACCGGCAAAAUUUCUUUUAGGAUAUAUAUAUAUAUUUUUGCUCCACUUUAAUGGCAGUGUUUAUGAGAGUCAAAAUGUGAGAGUCAAAAUAUGACCCCAGACCUUUUUCUAGGGAUUGUUUGGAUGCUAAAUGAUGAAGUUUUUAAGGAAUAGUUUGCUUGUGCCAAAAAAAAAAAAAAA